AUGUCUUUCAACGCCCGCCGCAAAGAAAACCCGCCGUACGCGCCGCUGCAGCAGAAGCGCAAGCCAUUCUCCGAUAUAACCAACGAUAUCUUGGAUCCUCGAAGAUCUCUACGAGACGAACUCUCAGGCUCGAAUCUUUCAACCGAUUCCACCGAUACCGCUGCUCCUCCUUCUCCUCAGGCUCCCACUCGGCGACACUCUCCUCGUAUCUUCUCCGCACCUGUCACUGCUCCUACGUUUGGUCUGGGACUUGGGAGGCCUCCUCUUCGACAGACUAUAUCAAUGCGUGGUGCAUCUGUUCCUGUUGCUGGUGCCUCGAGAUUGACCCCAUUUCGGGACCCCACGCCAGACUUGACCGUCGAUAGCUCCAUCUCCCACGAACCGCUCGUUACCUCGCCAGCUACGGUUGACUGGGAACAGAAAACCACUCCGAAGAACACGGAAGCCAAACAAGGACUUCGUAAACUACUCUCUGACGAUAAGGACGACGUUCACACCGCCGCUCCUGCUGCAGCAUUAGGACUUGACCGCCCGCAUGCCUAUCCACCUAUCUUGUCUUCGAAGCCUCAAUCUCCUGCUGUCCAGCAUUCUAGCUCAGCACCUACUUCUUUGACGACGAACCUGUUGAGAUCGAAGACGCAUAAGGUUACCCAGGGUCAGGUCGUCGUCCUCCCUUCGAAAUCUCUCUUGGUGGAUUUUCGUGAGGGCGAGAGACGGAAGGGACGUCAAGGCAACGAAGUGUUAGUAAUCAGUCCCGAUGGCGAACAGAUACAAGUGUUCAGCGCUCCACAUUUGAGCACGCCAUGUUGUUUAGCAGAAGCGAGCGCGACAUACAGCCUCGAAGAUCUUCCCGAGCCGUAUCUCAAAGUGUACCAGCAAGCUGCUCGAGUGAUAGAGCAUGUCAAGAAGAAGGUUCCCGAGUUGAUACUUUAUCGAAGUAACUGCACGUGCACUCUCAUGGCCAACUCUCCGAACGCGGAUAUGACCAUCGCACUUGAUACCCCCUCAACUGCUUCUACAGUGUCGCCUGCAUCGUCUCAUAAUGCAUCCUCUGCAACUAUGCUGGUGCGUUUGUCUCGGAAACAGCGCACGGUCGAACUUUCUACGUCUGUCUCAGGGUCUACGAAGUCUGGCUCUGCUACUGGGGAGUGGAACAAGAAGGUGCUCUUUUGGAAUCAAGACGGUGGUGCAUCUGGUGGUCUCGUCAAGAAGGACUGGACCUCUCUGGGCUCGAGGGAGCAGGAAGCAAUCCGUGUUCUUCAGGAUUUUUUGCUGGUAGUGAAGGCUGUCGAAGCUGGAGAACGGACACCUGCUUCACUUUCUUCUCCGGGACUUUCAGACAAGCAGGCUACAGAAGGUCUCUAUCGCAUAGACAACGACAUGCCUGCUGUUCCUAAUCCCGCUUCCUUCUCUCGCACCGAACCCGCGCCACCCAUAGUCGAACGGCCACUCUCCUCUCAACGAAAGAGAACGCUCCGCUUCAGUCCCUCCGUCCAAGAACUCUCAACCGCAGCAGCAACCGGGGCGUCCUCUUUCCUCUCCACCUCCAAGCACCUCUCCGAGCUCACCAUCGGCCCGCGCCCCAAACUCUCCAAAUCCUCUCCGCGAUUCAAUAUUCCAGAUGACACCAUGCGUAAGGCCAGCAGUACCGUUUUCGAUCCCAUUCCGGACAGUCACGAUGAAGACUACGAUCCCGAUUCAACGCCAAAGACGAAAGGCUACCGACGGAGGUCUCCGUCUUUCGGAUUGGGCUCGAGCUAUCCGAAAAAGGCGAAGAGUGCCGUCUCGAUGCUCGUCGAUAAUGAGAUUGAGUGGCCCUCCAUGCGAAGUCCGCCAGGACCGUUGCAGACGAGGUUCAUACCGGACGUAGGGUGGUGUGUAAGAUACGCACCAAUCCGGAGUGGAAACGCUGGGGACGCAAAUGUAAGCGGGAUGAGUGCGGGAGGCGGAGGGAGGUACAGGAUUAUGUUUUUGGACGGGGUGGAGUUGGAGGUUGACGUGGACAAGGAGAGGAUAGAGUUCGUGGGGCAGGAUGGGCAGGUUUCUUCGUAUUCGAUACGCGAGGGUCAUUUGAAGCGAGCGGUUGGGGAACGGAUGAAGGUGUUUGAGGACUUUGUGUCCCUUUUCGACGAUCAGGAUUAUGACGAGGAGCAGGGGUAA